CUGAUAGCCAUCCGUUAAGCCACCCAUCACCCAUGUCUCUUCCCUUUUCCUUUCUCACCAACUUUUAGAGAGAGAGAGAAAGAGAGACAAAAUAAGCAGAGAGACUCCACUACUCUAAAAGAAGAAAUUAAUAAUCCCAAGCUUAUCAUCUAUCCUUUCAUUUCAUUUCUUCACUAUAUCCCGAUGGGGGAGGAGGAGAAGAAGCCUGAGGAUGUGAAAAAGCCGGAGGAGGAGGAGAAGGAGGAGCCACCGGCUGCCGACGGCGGCAGUGACAAGAAAACGGAGGCGGCGGAGGAAUCCAAAGACCCGCCACCGCCUCCGCCUCCGCCGCAGGAGAUUGUGCUUAAAGUGUACAUGCAUUGCGAGGGGUGUGCUCGGAAAGUUCGCCGGUGCCUGAAAGGUUUUGACGGAGUUGAAGAUGUGGUGACUGAUUGUAAGAGCCACAAGGUGGUGGUGAAGGGGGAGAAGGCAGAUCCACUCAAGGUGGUGGAGAGGGUGCAGAAGAAGAGCCACCGCCAGGUGGAGCUCAUCUCUCCCAUUCCGCCGCCGCCGUCCGCCGAGGAGCCCAAAAAGUCGCCGGAGGAAGCCGUUAAGCCCGAGGAGAAAAAGGAAGAGCCCCAGGUGAUCACUGUGGUUCUGAAUGUCCAUAUGCACUGUGAGGCAUGUGCUCAAGAAAUCAAGAGGAGGAUUCAGAGGAUGAAAGGUGUUGAAAAUGUUGAGCCUGACUUUAAGGGCUCAUUGGUGACGGUGAAGGGUGUGUUUGAGCCGGCGAGCCUAGUGGAAUAUGUGGCCAAGAGGACCGGGAAGAGGGCCGCGAUUGUGAAGGUGGAGCCGGAGAAGAAGGCGGAGGAGGCGGCGGUGGAGGAGAAGCCGAAGGAAGGGAAAGAAGAAGAGAAGGCGGCGGCAGGGGAAGGCGAGAAGGAAGAGAAGAAAGACGAGGAGGAGGCGGGUGCCAAAGAAAAGAAGGAAGGCAAAGAAGGAGGAGGAGGAGGAGCAGCAGCAGAGGAAGCAGCUGCUGCCUCCUCCGCUAAAGCGGAGGAGGUGGCCGCCGUAGCGGAAGUGGAAGAAGACCCGAAGCUCGAAAUGAAGAAGAACGAGCUUUUUUACUACUACUACCCUCCCCAAAACUACUACCACCAUAACCCUCCGCCGCUAAGGUUUGCUCAAGAAAUGUAUGGGUAUGGGUACGGGUCAGGGUCAGGGUAUGGGUAUCCUCCACAGAUGUUCAGUGAUGAGAACCCUAAUGCAUGUUCAGUGAUGUAAAUGAAGUGAAGGGUAAAAUGGGGAAUGAAGAAAUGAAUGAGCAAAAAUGGUGGAUGUGCAUGGAGGGAGGGAGGAUGAUGGGCCAUUGUUCCUUGUUGGGUGCCUCUCAUGUGGCCCUGUCGUCUCAAAAUUACUUUUAAUUGCUUCCUUUUUGUUUAUUAUAAUGCUUUGUUCCAUACCCUUAGCCUAGCUAGCUGCUGUUAACUAAUAAUAUUAUACUCUCAUUUACCCCUGUUAUUAAAUAAAAUUUCUAAUCUUGUAAUGUUA